CUUCUGAAGAAUUGUGAAGCUUGCAAAAAUCUAAAAAUGUAGGGAAUUUAUGCGUGUGGAGAUGGAGUGCUUCACAGAGUAUCUGCAGGUAAGCAGAUAUAAAAUCAUCCAAAUUGAUUUACAAAUACCUAUUUGUGAAGAUGAAGCUAAGGAAAGAAGGAAGACAUGGUUUGGAGAAGAACACCUUCAGGAGCUUUUAACCCUUCUGAGGGAUGUGAUAUGGGAACGACUCGAGACUGUCGCAGUUGGUGGCAAGCAGACACGGAAGAAAUCUUGUGAGAGGAACAAGUCUGGAAAACUCACUGGCAAAUUAAUAAUUGCUGAAUACAAAUUCAAGUUGAAGAAAAUUCGCCAAUCCUGCAUCAUUCCAAGUCAAGGUGGUAAAUAUAAAGGAUGUGGUCUCGAAAAGGAAAAACUUGCAGUCACAGUUGAACAGAUACCUCAUAAACUGUCAAAAGAGCCUGUACCAAGUAGUAGUGGAUACUUUAGGUCGGAGGAUAAAGAUGAAGGAGACAGCUCUGGCCAUGGUGAGGAGGACAAUCGGAAAAAAAAACAAUUGAAAAAUAUAAUUAGCAAAAGCGGUAAGCAAAUCUCCAAGAGAUCUAAAACUGGAAGGCCGCAGAAGAAAGAGAGAACGGCAGCAUGUGAUGAAGAGAGUGAUGAUGAUGAGGGCAAUCAAGGGAGUCUGCGCCAAUGGAUAUCAUCAUGGAGGACUCCGAAGAAGAAGCAUCGUAGCAGGUCACCGAGGCAGACAGAACCUUCAAGGUCAAAUAGGGAUGGCUCAAGGUCAAAGGAAGGUCAGUCGGGGUCAGAUGAGAGUGAAAUGGCAAAAGGACGUUUGGAAAGUCGUUCAAACAGUGUCGUGUCGGAAGAAUCUGUGUAUCGAGAGUAUCGGUCAAACAAUGCGGCGGAUUCAGAGAAAAUUCGAACCCCGCCCAAAAAGAGGAAGAUGAGGAUGGCUGAUUUUAUCCUCCAUCCUGGAACGGUGCAGGAUGAUGAUGAUGUUGAGGUAGACAAGGUGUCAAAUGAUGGUGCUGCUGAAUCGGAAGCGGUCAAGAAAAAAAGACGGCCAGAUCUCAGCCGUUUCGGGAGUAACUUCAGGAAGGGUUGUAAAAUGAAAAAGUUUGCUCAAAAUAAUCAGGAUUUUUCUGAUGAAGGAGAGAGUGUCAAUGGCACUUGUUCUGAAGUUGAUGAGAAUGGUAGUGGAGAUGAGGUUGAUGGAUUCAGGGAAGGUGAAAAAGAUGUUGGAGUCGUUGAAAUGGAAUGCAGAGGAAGUGGAGAGAUUUUUCUGAACAAACAGGAUUUUGGUGUGAAAGACUGUAAAAAUGCAAACGACCUUCAGAAUUCAGAAGUGGAACAUCAUGAGGAUAUUGGUGCCCAGGACACUGUGAAGUCGGAAACUAGUCAAAAUGAAAACUUGGAUGACUGUCCGUCCAAUAUCCAACCUCAUCCUAGUCAAGUUGAUUGCUCAGUCAUUACUUUAUCAGGCGAGACUAAUCCGACUCUCAAAAAACUUUCCGAUUCAAAACAUGGAAAAUCGCUUAUUCCUGGCGCUUCGGAUGGGAGCUCAUUGAGACAGAGGAAGAAAUGUACAGUGAUGCCUGUUAAACCUCUAACUGUUAUGACUGCAAUCCAACAGGGAAAAGUUGUGGAAAUAACGAAGAAGGAGUCAAAGGUCUGCUUGAGCUAUGUCGAUAAUGAUGGUGGCGAGAGAGGGAAGGGUGCUGCUGAUGAGAAAAAGGGACCCAAGACAAAGUGCGACCUAGGAGAAAAUUCAAAUCAAGAAGUCGUGAAAUUUUGCCAGGCUCUGAAGUCAAAGAAAAAACUGUUAACAGGGCAAAGUAAAAGUGAGCAUCCGCCUUUUAUUGAAUUGGAUGAAGAGUUCUGGGAAAAGGAUUUGAAUAGAAAUGACUUUGGUUCAAGUGAGCAGACUUUACCUGUGGGGAAACAGGUGUGUAAGGAUGAGGAUGAGAGCGACUCAGGAGACGAUUUACCGAAUAUGGAGGCAAUUAUUUCACAAAGUUCAAAUUCACAGAAUUCAAAUUGUUCUGGAGAGGGUGGGCUUGGUUCAGUCAGCCCAUUGAAGUCACCAAAUGCUGGUAAAGAAUCUGGCGAACUGCCGUCCAUUAUCUCUGAUAAAUCUGUUUCUUGUGGUGAGGGCAUCAAGGCUAGGGCUGGUUCGGAAUCGCAGAAAUGUUAUGUUGGAAUUGGGCGAAGGAGACGACUGGUCAAUUCUAGUAAAGAUUCAAAGUCCAAGAAAGAUCAGGAGUCUGACCCAAAGGAGAAGAAAGAUGCUGAUACUGUUUUGAAAAAGAAGCGUCCAAAAUCGAAAGAGCGUGUUGGUAUAUUUGAGAAGCUGUCUCCUGCUCGGGCUGGUGGGGUGUUCGCGAAUGAUUAUAGCGACUUGCGAUCACAGGGUGUGCAAACUGAUGCCGUCCAGAGGAAAAUUGAUAAGGAAGAAACAAGUUAUGAGAUAGAGUUGAAAAGAUUAGGUGGGAAUGAUUUCAAUGAGAUUGAGAUGGAGGACAAUGAUGUUGAGUUAAAAAGCUUGGCUUGUGCUGGGCCAAAUGAUCUGGGCGUUGCCAUCGGGCCUAGGAUGAUAUCACCGGGGAUAUGUGACCAGAGAAGUACUGGGGCAAAGUCGGUGGUUGGCGAUUGCAGUGGUAGUGAUGGCGAUGGAGAGGUCGUUCUUAAAAAGGAAGGGGAGUCACUGGAACCAGAGCCAACUGAAACGUCUCAUGACAAAGGGAGUGAGAGUGAAGUAGAAAAGCGAAUCAAUGGACUUGGUGACAGCCCAUCUAGGAGCAAACGUUUCAAGGGAAGCUAUUUGGAGUAUGACAGUGACAUGGCUACGAAAGGAAAUAAGAAAAUGGAGAAAACCAAGUCAAAUAGAUGUGAUCCUGAUAAUGACUAUAGCGACUCCAGUGCCGUGCCAGAUGUCGGUGACCCACCGAGGAAGGUAUCGAAAAGGCCCAGGAGGAAUUUGUCGAAAAUUACGUCAAAAUCUUGUGGAACCGGUCAGGCCAGGGAUAAAAAUGAUGACCAAUACUGCAGCAGUAGUUCGUUGCAUUCCAAAACUGACCUGGCAUCUGAUUUCUCUGGAAUUCCAAUUGGGUCACGGAAAAAGACUCUGUCAACCUCUACAUGUUCCUCCUCGACUGUUUUAGAGUCCUAUGGCUUCUUGGCGGCAAAGCGGCCCAAUUUAGAUGAGGACUCCAGCUCUAGUCAUCAGGAUUGGGAGACGUUUUCUGUACAGAGUAACACAGAAUACACAAGCAUCAUAGAACUUGAUAACGAGAAUCAAAUGAUGCUGGACUCUGGCUUUAACAGUUCAGCAAACACAACUAUUGCAUCUCUGAACCAUGCGGAGCAACCGGACAAUCUACCGACCAUAGUGCCAGCAAAAAAGAAGAACAAACUUAAAUCAAGUCCGUGGAGGGUGAAGUUGAAGACUGGCAAGGAAUCAAAAGCUGUGCAGAGGAAGAAACGACUGACGAAGAAAGUGAAGAGUCCGAGGUCCCCACGUGGGCUUGGGAAGAUUCAGCAGACUAGCUCUCUGCAGACGUUUUCUAGCUCGAAAGAGAGGGAGGCUGUUAGCGAUCAUGAGGAGCUGCCUGAUUUGCUACCAGCAUUUGGAGGCAUCCCGUCCCAGGAUAAUGGUGUUAUGAAUGGUGCUGAGGCGGUCGAUGUUUCAACUAGUCUGUCUGAAACGCAAAAGGUGAAACGCCGGAAAGUCACCAAGUCGGUUUGUCAGAAGAAAAAAGAUGAUUCUGAUACAGAAGUUGAAGUUUCAAAGCCAUCAAAGAAAGAGGCUUUAUCCAAGGAAAAAGGGACGAAAUGUCAUAGAAGGAAACUGGAUGGUUCGCUCGGUGCCCGGAAGUCUCGAGCCAUUUGUAAAAAGGACAAACCACCAGCAGCUCAUCUGAUGUCGUCGUCUGAUGAUGAGACUCGUCUUGAUUUCAAGGAGAUUUCGGAUGGAUCUGUUGCAAAAAAUAUUGACUUGGGUAGGCUGGAUGCAGAAGCGCACACUUCUCGGGCUGUUCUGGAAUCAGGUGCUGCCGCGACAGGCAAGAUGGCAACCAAUUCUUACUCGGAUGACGAUUCUGACAAAACGUUGCCAGCAGUACUUCGGAAAUCUGAUGAUGAAUCUGUUUGGAAAGAUACAAAAGUGACAUCUAAAGCUAAGAUGCGGAGAAAUCGCGAACGAAGGAAGCAUGUUUUGCCGAGCCUUGUGGAUGAAGACAUGGAAUCGGCUAGCAAUGGUGAAGUGCCUGCCCAAGGACUUGGACCCCGGAGAAGUGGAAGCACAAGUUCGGUGUCGUCAACAGAACUACCAAGCGUGUCUUUUGUCAGUGAAAUCAGAAAGCGGCUCAGCCUUUGUCCUGUUGUUGAUGAUGAUAUGGUCGUCAUCAUCGAGGAAUUGUCCACACCCGUCAUGAUCAAGGUUGAGCAUGAGGUUGCUGAUGAAAUCGACAAAGAAAUUCAGUCGAUACAUGACGUGUCUAAGUUAUCUGACAGCCACCUCCAGUAUCUGGUGACAAAAUAUGAAAAAUAUCUGCAAGAAAUCUUCCAGGGCAAGAGCCGGUCUUGGAGGCAUGAGGAUUACAAAAGGGGAGGAAAAGAUCGACAGAAUUUAACCUACAACAUCCACACCCUUCGGUAUCGCGAGGAACAAGAGGACACUGUGAUGGAAAGCUUGAUGAAGAUAUUCUGCAGUAAACAUCAGAAAUAUUUGGAUUAUGUGUUCAAAGUGAUGUUCCCAGAAAUGCUCAUCAAGAUUUACAUGGAGGUGCGCAGCUGCAGUAUGGAAAAAGCUGAGGCAGAUUUGGAGGAUGUUGUGGUCGAUGACAUCGUGUGUGAGAUCUCGGUGUAAGUCUCGAGCUUUGGACAAUACUGGACUUUGUUUAUGUAAAUGAAAAGGCUGAAUACUCCUUGAGACUCAAGACAGAGGAGUGAAAAUCCUUGUGGCUGAAAAUCAUUCUAAAUGUUCAGGGUAUGAAUGAUACCAAGUAUAGAUUACAUGCUUAAGUCCAUACUUGAUGAUACAUGUACAUCUCAUAUUUACUAACAUAUUCCAUGUUGUAAAUUAGUGCACAGAAAUAUGUAUUUUGUCAAGAUUACGAGGAAUGAUAUCAAAAUUGGCCAGUUGAGAGUCUUUACAAUGUUGGUACUGAACUUUUGUGAGUUAUAGUUUGAUUUACCCUCUUUUCGAGACUUUUUAUAGUCCAGUUGUCUGCUCAGUUAAUGUGAUCAUGUCGAAAUCAUUUGAAGAUAUUUGUAUAAGUUCAAUGCUAACGUCCACCAUCCACUUAAACUGUAAUGGGCUGUUCAGUGUAAUUCGUCCAAAAUGAUAUUCUGUACAGAUGUGUACAGAUAUUCGUCCAAAAUGAUAUUUUUUGUGUAAGUUCGAUGCUAACGUCCACCAUCCACUUAAACUGUAAUGGGCUUCUCAGUGUAAUUCGUCCAAAAUGAUAUUCAACCAAGGCCUGAUAUAUGUCCUGCUCUGGCAAAGACCAGAGCGCGUCAGACCAGGUCGUCCUCCUCAGAGCUUUUCAUUGUCCCAUGCUCAAAAUCACGUUAUGGGGACCGAAGCUUCUCCGUGGCUGCCCCAAAACUUUGGAAUAAUUUACCAUCUAAAAUAAGAUCAAUCCCAACCAUCAAUUCAUUCAAGACCGCUUUAAAAUCCUGGCUUUUCAAAAAACACUACGGUAUUUAGUAGGAGGUUUUUUUCCCGCGCUUUGAGCAGGGCGACCUGGAAAGGCGCGUUAUAAAUAUUAAAUUGUAUUGUAUUGUAUUGUAUUGUAUGUGUCAUGUACAGAAAAGCGGAGACGUUAUGGAAGAGAUUUGUUUUCUCAGUUAAAAUUAUUUCCAUGAACAUGAUUGUGUGAGUCAUAUGAACUCCUGAAUAAGUUCCAAGCCUUCUAGUGACCAUAUAAAUUGGGUAAAACAGCAGUUUAGUGAAAGUUCCAAGCCUUCUAAUGACCAUAUAAAUUGGGUAAAACAGCAGUUUAGUGAAAGUUCCAAGCCUUCUAGUGACCAUAUAAAUUGGGUAAAACAGCAGUUUAGUGAAUGAUUUUAAUGACAUUCUUCAAAGAAGAUUUUUCCAGACUAUCAAAUCUAGGAAAUGGUGUUUCUCAAUCAAUUCCCAAACGUCUUUUGCAUCCGGAAUUUGUGAGAUGCACGCCAGAAGGUCGGUCUGUUUUCAGUAACGAAGUUGGAGCUUUGUGGGGAAGGUGGUGAAAAAUAUCCUGUAUUGAUGAUAAUUAUUGCUAUACUUUUGUGAUUUUCUGAACUCUAUUGCCAAAUACCAAUAACAUGCAAGUUUGAAACUAAUAAUUUGAUAUUUGAUACUAAUAAUUUGAUAUAGAGUGUAUUCGAGGAAAUCCUCAGUAUCUGUUAAGUGUUACUCUGAUGGGAUGCAACAAAGUCUACUUUUGAUACUACGGUUGUUUUUGUGACAAUUGUUCAUUUUGAGAUAAUGUUUUAUUGUGCAUAAUUUCAGAAACGCAUUACUGUGCCUUAUCGCUGUAUCAUAUUCAUAGCAUGGAACUGCCAACUGUGUCUCGCGCCUAUUGGAAUUUUGAUGCCCCUCUCUGAACUUGGAAAUGUUUCUUACUAUUUCCCGAUUGUUGAUACAUGCAGUGCUCAAACGUUCCAGGUCAUCAUAGACGAUAAGGUGGCCGGAAAAGUGAAGUUAGAAUUUGAAUAUCAUUACUUUUUGGAGCACAAAGUUUUUCAUCGCGUGCAACAGAAAAUGUUGUGAAUUCCUAUGUUUAUCAUAAACAUCCGGUGAGGCUAUGUGGAGUUUUAUAAAUGUUUACUCAGAUCGAAUUAUAUUUAUUCAUGUUAUAAAGAAGUGUUUCUGUGGAAAAGUAAUCUCAGGUUUGAAAAAUGUAGUGAGUUGGUCACAAUGUUUUUCAUUGGCAUUGGUUUCAUUUAUUAUGUUGGUACUGGUAUAAUAAUAAUAAUAAUAAUGUCACGCAUUUAUAUAGCGCUCCUCAGUAAUGGAACUGUUAAAGCGCUGUGGGAUAUGAAAUUAUUACCCCGGUCUCCACAGAAAUCAAUCAGGGGUUUCAAGGAGCAACCAGAAGGUGCUCACUUGAACUUGACCAGUAUAAAGUGCCAUAACAUAUGCAAACUGCUUUCGGUGUGACCAACCCCUUGUAUACUGAUUGAUAGAUGACGAUAUCCAAUGCUAUUGCCAUGCUAAUUAACCAAUGAUACGCUAUUUGAUGGUAACCACUUUUAAGGGCAUUCCCGUUCAGUUUUUGAAGCAGUUAAGUAGUCACACAGACAACCACUUUUAAGGGCAUUCCCAUUUCGUUUUUGAAGCAGUUAAGUGGUCACACAGACAACCACUUUUAAGGGCAUUCCCAUUUCGUUUUUGAAGCAGUUAAGUAGUCACACAGACAACCACUUUUAAGGGCAUUCCCAUUUAGUUUUUGAAGCAGUUAAGUAGUCACACAGACAACCACUUUUAAGGGCAUUCCCAUUUCGUUUUUGAAGCAGUUAAGUAGUCACACAGACGUGCUUUUCUAUUUGCACUAAGGCAUGGAUAUAAGUCGUGGUAAUUCAUCCUGACUGGUGUAUAUGAGUGUAUAAAUGUUAAAUCUGCCUUCUGCUUUGGUCUUGUCUUUUGUUUCCAUUUUGUAAUUCAACCAAUUUGUAUUUCUGUUGCUUCAGUUUGUAAGAUUGUCAUUUGGUUUGUGGUCUUGGUAAUUCACCGUUGGGAAACAACGUUUGCGAUAGGGAACAUUCCAGCUCAUUUCGGUGGGGGGGGGGGCUAUUUUGAAAUCCAGGAACAAGCUCUGACCCCCUGGAAUAUGCAGGUGGAACAUUCCAUGGUUGUUGACGGAGGUAUGCACCAGUGGUUUGUGAAUAGGUCUAGUCAUCUCAGAGGUGUGUCUGCAUAUGGGUGUAUUGAUGCUUUUAAGCUGGUUGAGUUUGUCUGGUGCGCUGAGGACUAUUAUAUGUAAAAAAGGCCUUUUGUACAGGCACCCCACCGCUGGCUUAACAGCCUGGACAUAGUAUGUCUUCGAUGUCAUGACUGUUUGUAAAGUACAGUGAACAGUCAAGGGGGAUGAAGUUAAUUUGUUUUGCCAUAUCAAUGUGUAAUUGUAUGAAACAGCUCAGCUUUAUAGGGUAACACCGUUCUUAUUUCAUUGUGGGUCAAGAAAAUAGAAAUGCAGUUAUACACAAUGCCGUAGUGCAGUUAUCAUGCAUACAACUUUGAUGAAACAUGGUUUAUAUAGUAUUUAUAUAUACAGUGUUGAUCCUUUUUAUCCGGUUGAAGGGCGCCUGUACAAAAUGCUACUUGUAAUAGGCCUAUGUGAAACAGACACACCAAAACCGGCUUAAUAGCGUCUACAAAAUACAUCUCCAUGACAGCAAUUUUGAAAUUUAUAUUCAGGUACAUAUUUACGCUAUUGGAAAUUUUCAAAUACAGUUAUAUACUAUACAAUCUACGUAGUAGGCCUUUAAAGGGACAACUUAGGCAUGAGAUGUGUUGGGUUUUUAUACAAAAAUGGCCUUCAACAGGACCGUGACUGGCAGCUCUGAGAAAAGACAUCUGGCCAGAAGGUACCAGCCUACAAGACCAGCUCUAUGGAGACCUCCAACAGCUGCGAAACACCAUAGAAUACAUCAGAAGAUCGGACUUGACUGUCUAGAGCGAACGAGAAGAAGAAGAAGGACCGUGACUUAUCCACACAGGAUAAUUGAAAACAUCGUUUGACCCCAUGCCUGCCUGAAAUUAACAAGCCAUGUCCAAAACUGCCUUCCAACUCUGGUGAAAGUCAUUAUUAGAUGUCAACAUAAGUGUAAUACUACAGGUGGAGGCACAUGGUGGGAAGCACUGGAAUUAUCCUCCUGCCAGGUAAACCCCACACCCAAGUUGUCCCUUUAACAUUUGUUUAUUGCCAAUAAUAAGCCACUGAUAAAGAUGUGUUCAAGAUUCUUUGGGAUUCGGUAAUUGGUGCAAUG